AUGGGCCGUGUAGUUCACCCGGUUCGCUAUGUACGGUCCGAGAGUCGCGCGCUCUCGCGCGUCGCCACAAUUGCGCAACUUCGCACAACGCGUUUCUCACUUGGACUACCACCAAGCCCCGAGAUUUUUGGCUUACAGCUUCUCAGUUUCGCUUCUAUCACCAUCUAUACCUGGCCUUGGCUAGAUCGUGCUGCUCUAUUGCGUGUGCGACUCCGACAUAUCCUUGACAUGACAGAGCAUGUGAUAGAUCCGCUUCCCGACCUGCACGCGCGCAAGCGUAUCUGCGUGAUAGGCGCUGGAGCCAAUGGGCUAGCGGUCCUCCAAGUCUUUGCGGACUCCCUAUACGUGCGGUCAGGCGAUUGGACUAUCUCAUGCUUUGAAGAUAGGGAGGAUGUAGGCGGUGUCUGGAGAGCAGCACCACCCUCGUCGGAUGAUAAGCCCCCAAUAUCGGCUGUAUACGACUCGUUGAAGAUCAAUCUACCUCACCCAAUUAUGACUUAUCAAACAUUCCCUUUUCCUCCCGAGACACCGCUCUUUCCUACUGCUGCGCGUCUACUUCAAUAUCUCGAAGAUUAUACCGAUCACUUCAAUCUUCGACGAUUCAUCCGAUUCAAUACAUUGGUCGCUUCUACGAGAUGGUCUCAAGAUGAGUUCGUAUGGAAGGUCUCUCUAUCAACUGGCGAAACUCUGGACUUUGAUGCUCUCGUCGUAUCCAAUGGACACUAUCGACGUCCGCGUUACCCAAUUAUACCGGGGUUGCAAUCAUGGUUAUCCGCUGGAAAAGUCAUGCAUUCUGCUUGGUACCGGAGACCCGCGCAAUUGCUGCAAUACCAUAGGGUCGUCGUCGUAGGCGGAGGUCUCAGCGCUCAUGAUGUCUGCGCGGAUCUCACCGCGGAGGGCAAACAAGUACUCCAUUCUAUCCCCUCAGGCCCGGGAGAGUAUCCACCCGACUCUCCUCUCUACCGCAAAGUGCCGCGCAUCGCGAGCUAUGGAGACGACGGAAAGAUCGUGUUCCACGAUGGCACGACAGAGUCAGGCGUGGACUUUGUCGUGCUUGCUACUGGAUACGAGUGCUCCUAUCCCUUCUUCGCCGAACCCGAUAUGGUGGAAGGGUUCCCAGACACUCCCCCUCCGUUCCCUGCGCAUCUCCACAACACGACUUACGGACUAUUCCCUCUCGCCAAGCACCUAUUCCCCCUCCAGUCUGACUACCCUGCUCACAGCAUCGCAUUCACUGGCCUGACCAUCAAGGUCGCCAUCUUCCCUAUCUUCGAGGAUCAAGCUCGCGCCAUACUUCAUGUACUUGAGGAUCCGAACAGACUCGAUGUUGCGGCCGAAUUCGCCGCUAUCGUUGAGCGCGCGCAGCGCCUCGCCGCAGCCAUGGGAAGCGAAGACUCGGCCGUCGUGAUCAAGGAGUGGAUCUUUUUCAGCUUAUGGGAGGGCUUCGACUACCGCACGGAGUUGAGCAAGUUUGUCAGUCCGCAGGCGCCAUGGGUAGUACCAGAAUGGGAGGCUUGGAUGUGGGAGAGAAAGGGAGAACUGAGAGCCGCUUGGCUCGAGAUAGAGAGGCGAGGCGAGGCGGAGAGGUGGCUAAGAGGAGUAGGCCACAACGGUGUCGGCGAUUGGUUUGCGUUCUGUAGGCGUGUGCUGGAAGAGAGAGGGAAGCUGGAGGCGAGACUGUGA